AAAAUCACCAUGAGACUUGGUCCCUCCAAAGUGGCACGACCAACAUGUACUCAUUAUUGAUACAUGGCUCAUGGACUAUAGGACCCACAUUUGAUCAAUCAUCAACCUGCCCUGUUUGAGUGUUAAAACCUGACUGAUGUGCACAUUUGAAGUGUGUUUAAGUCAUUUAGUCAUUCCACUUUCCCUGUGAAAAAGAGUUCCAACCUCUACAUCAGAUCAGUGCUCCCGUUGGUGUCAGCUGUGCUUCAUCUCCAGAAUGGUUCAGAAGGUAGCAGUGAUCGGAGCAGGGAUUUCUGGUCUGACCAGCAUCAAGGCCUGUUUGGAUGAAGGUCUGGAGCCCACCUGCUUUGAGAGCAGCCUUGAUAUCGGAGGUGUAUGGCGGUUUAAGGAGAAGCCAGAGCCUGGAUGUUCCAACAUCUAUGAGUCGGUGAUCAACAACAGCUCCAAAGAGAAGCUGUCUCUCAGCGACUUCCCUCCUCCAGCUGAGCUUCCCAACCACAUGCACCACUCUGAGGUGCUGAUGUACAUGCGCCUCUACGCUCAGGCCUUCAACCUGAUGCAACACAUUCACUUUAAGACGCCCGUGGUCAGUGUGAGGCAGACGCCGGAUUUUGCAGUGACAGGCCAGUGGGAGGUGGAGACAGAGAGGACAGAGGGUCAGAGGGAGACUCGUGUUUUUGAUGCAGUGAUGGUUUGUAGCGGACACUACACUCAACCUCACCUGCCACUCAGAGACUUCCCAGGUAUUGAGAGCUUUGAAGGCAGAUAUUUUCACAGCUGGGAUUAUCGCAACGCUGAGGGUCUGCAGGGGAAAAGAGUGGUGGUGAUUGGGAUUGGGAACUCUGGAGGUGAUAUUGCUGUGGAUAUCAGUAGAGUUGCUGAGAAGGUGUACCUCAGUACCAGGAGCGGAGCGUGGGUUGCCAGGCGUGUGGGAGAUGGGGGGCUCCCAACUGACCUUGUUGGGACUUCUCGAAUGGAUGAGAUGAUAUACAAGCUCUUCCCCUCGUGGAUCAACAGGAUGGUGGAGAAGAAACUGGAUGAAACAACUGACCACAGACUAUAUGGUCUGAAACCAAAACAUGGUUUUUUUGUACAGAUCCCUUGUGUGAAUGACGACCUGCCAAGUCGGAUCAUCUCAGGUCGUGUUCUGGUGAAACCAAAUGUGAAGGAGUUCUGUGGGUCCAGUGUGGUCUUUGUCGAUGGGAGCAUCAUAGACAAGGUGGACGUAGUGGUGUUUGCCACAGGGUACAACUACAGCUUCCCCUUCCUGCCAUCAGCUCUGCAGGCUAAAAGUGGUUACAGGCUGCGUCUCUACAAGCAUAUGUUCCCUCCUGCACUGACCAAGCCGACUCUGGCAGUGGUGGGCUUCAUCCACGCCCUCGGGGCGAUCAACCCUCUGGCUGAAAUGCAGGCCCGCUGGGCAACAAGAGUGUUUAAAGGCUUAGCAACUCUCCCUUCAGAAGUGACCAUGAUGAAGGAAAUUGAAAAAGACACAGUAACCAUGCACCAGAGAUAUUCCUGCUCAAACCGUAACCCCCUCCAUGUGGACUACAUCCCUUACCUGGACUCUCUGGCAGAAGAGGUGGGGGUUCGACCAAACAUACUGUGGCUCUUCCUGAAGGACCCCAAACUGGCUCUGCAGGUUUUGCUGGGUCCCUUUACUCCUUAUCAGUACCGUCUGACUGGACCGGGCCAGUGGGCCGGAGCCAGUCAGGCCAUUCUCACUCAGUGGGAUCGGGUGUUUCAGCCUUUCAGGACCAGAGUGGUACCAGAACCAGAGACCAGAACCUCUUCUAGACGGAGCAUCAUAGUGAUUUUCUCAGGUGCAGCGCUGCUGUGCUGCUUCUGCUACAAUAAACAACAUCUCCCCUGUUUCUUCUCUCCUCCGGCAUUCUUCAGAUCUCCUCAGUAAACUGCAAGACUGUGAUAACAUGAAUAAUAACAUUAUUAAUGAUAACCUUAUUAAUGACCGUGAUGAUGGAGGCAGCAGUGAAGCAGCAACACAUUCUCAUAUCUCAAAGUGCUGUGUAAGCAGGGAAUGUUUUUAGACUGUAAUUUGACAGUUUUAAUGAGAAAUAAAGUCCUUAAAAUAAA